AUGUCUAGUCACGAGGAUUUCGACCUUGAAAAGCAAGCGGUGAGAGCCUACUCUCCAAACGAACAAGACAGUAAUGACAAUAACACAUUUGAUGGGCGUACUCAGAUUUCCAGAAUCGAGCACUCGAUCCAUGAUGAUGGCCGUGAGGUGUUGUUAAUUGGAGAUACUAAAGUUUAUAAGGACGAGUUUGUGCGUGCCUUUGGCGGUACUUUAAACCCAGGUAUUUCGGUGCCAACUAAAAUAUCCAAAGAAUUUGCGGUCGCUGGUCCGCUUGGGUUGUCAGCGUUUGCCCUAACGACUUUUGUACUUUCUUUGAUUAAUGCUCAAGCCAUGGGGGUUGAUAUUCCUAAUGUAGUUGCCAGUGUGGCGUUUUUCUACGGAGGAGUUGUGCAACUCUUGGCUGGUAUGUGGGAAUUUCCUGCUGGUAAUACUUUUGCUGCUUGUGCAUUCAGUUCUUAUGGAGGGUUUUGGAUUUCGUACGGUGCACUCAUUACUGACGCAUUUGGAAUCAGUGCUGCCUACGAAGCCGAAAAUGCCACUGGACAAUUGAGCGAUGCCAUCGGGUUCUAUUUAUUAGGGUGGGCGAUUUUCACAUUUAUGCUCUGGUUAUGUACCAUCCGGUCCACUUGGGCGUUCACCUCGUUGUUUUUCUUCCUUUUUGUGACCUUUUUGUUGUUGGCGGUUGGCCAGUUUACUGGUGAAGUCGGAUGUACCAGGGCUGGAGGGGUAGUUGGGAUUGUGGUUGCGUUUAUUUCUUGGUAUAAUGCCUACGCUGGUUUGGCUACCAAACUGAACACCUAUAUUACCAUCAAACCUUGGUACUUGCCGGGCGCAGAAUAG